AUGGCGAUCCAAUCGCUCCACCAACUUGCCUCAAAGAAAAUGGCCGAGUACAUUGUCGAUGGUAAGUCUUUUUCCUUUCUUUUCCUAUCAUAAUUCAACUUUUUCAGAGUCCCUCGACGUAUCCUCAAUUGUUUUCCCUCGAAAAGAGAGCAAUGCCAUUUUCGAGCAUAUUAUCAAGAUGAAGAAGCCGGAACGUUCUCUAAAUGAGGAUUUGCUUGAACAAAUGACUGGAUUCAAUACGAGCCGUGCCAAUUUCAAGGGCGUCAAGAUGACGUUGACAGACGUGGCUUUCAUUGGCGAGCAGAAUCUUGAGAGCUUUACACUCGGAGACACGAUUCUUCUCAUGGACGGAUAUCAUAUUGAGAAUGGUGAGUGAUGACGACGGUUCGGGGGAGUUCUAGUGACUGCGACAAGUGCUCCGAGAAAACUAAUUCAAUGUGAAUCUAAUUUCAGACGACAUCAGCCUGAACAUUGAUUUGCUGAUCAGGGACAUGUUCAACGAUUCUACCCGCAAAUCCCUUCGUCACCUGGACAUUAGCGGAUCAGUAGGUUUCAACGAAGAUUGGCUCAAAGCAAUUGGAUCUAUGCUUCCGAACGUUUCGAGCUUGAAUGUAGCUGGAAGAAGAUCGGUCGACAUUCGGGUUCUUGCUCAGAGCUUUCCGGGGCUCCAAUACUUGAAUGUCUCGAAUUGUCAACUUGACAGUUUGGAUGGCAUCUCUGGACUGCAAGGGCUCCGAGUCUUGAUCAUGGAGAAUGCGUACAAGAUUCAAGAUAUGACGGAGCUGUUUGAGCUGAGAGAUCUAAGAGUUUUAAACAUGACAUGGUGAGUUGAAAUUUAAGAAAAAAUCAAUUGUUCAUUCAUCUAUUUUCAGGCCAUUCAAUGGCGAUGGUUCCAACGAUAUCGCUGCCACUUUCUGUCAGUGCCUGGAGGAUGGAUCCCGACUGCCCGAGCUUCGGUACCUGGACCUCUCGAUGACGACGAUGAAUGAACGGGAUGUGAAGAGAGUCCUUAAGUUCAUCCCGACGAUCCAAAAUUUGACUCUAAUUGGAACGAACAUCGCUCUCCGAGAUUGCGUCGGCCACAACACGCACACUCUGGUCUCAACAACCAAAGCCCUGGAGCACUAUUUCUCAGAGGACAGUGUCCUGAUGAUUGAAACCGUUCUGCUGGAGAAUUGUGUGCUCACCGACAAUUUUCGCAUCGAUGCGGCGAGCGGCUCGAUCUCAUUCGAACACAUGCUGCAGUUCGUGGAUCUCUUGCACAAGAUCCUUCUCCGAUACGAACACGAAUAUGAGAUUCAUAGAAAGGUGGUUGAGAAUGUGUGGGCGAUAACGCCUGCAAUGCUCGGCCGCGAUCGUAUGAGCUACACGAUUGUGGUGCUGAUGAACAGGCUUCUGGACGUUUAUGGAGAGUACAAUCGCUCCAUUCUCAACUGCACACGACUCGAAACCUCAUUUUUGUUCUCGGCGAUCCGCGACCAAAUAAUAAUGAGCACGCCGAGCGUUAACGUGCAAAAGCUCGUCCUGUUGACGUUCGAGUGCGUGGAGAGGCAGAAGUACGACAGAGAGGUGGCCAGCCACUUUUUCCAAAUCGUCACGGAAGUUGCCGACACCGUGAAGACUAUCGUCUGUGGCUUUGAUGAAAAGCAGCGAAAUAAUGCUCAGCUUCUUCUGCUAAGCCUGAUGGAUGUUAUGAUGUCGAAUUUGACGACACGUUUCGGAAAUAAUGAAAGAGAAACCUUCGACAACUGUGCCAUGUUGACUAGAAUGCUCAAUUGGGUCCACUGA